AACUCCUCUUACCUAUUCACAAAGGGUUAAGGGCACAAGGUUGCAAAGGCUUAAGGUAGCCAUGGUUCUCUCCAUUGUUCAAUCUCCUGAAGAAGGCUCAUCGAGCAUCAUUUCUCCGGUUUUUGCUUCACGUUACGUUCAGGAUCCGCUACCAAGAUAUAGGAUGCAAGAGAAAUCGGUUCCGAAAGAGGCAGCUUACCAGAUAAUUCACGACGAACUAUUAUUAGACAGUAAUCCAAGGCUUAAUCUUGCUUCGUUCGUUACCACGUGGAUGGAACCGGAAUGUGAUAAGCUAAUGGUGGAAUCAAUUAACAAAAACUAUGUAGACAUGGAUGAAUACCCUAUCACCACAGAGCUUCAGAACCGGUGCAUAAACAUCAUUGCUCAUAUGUUCAAUGCUCCGGUCGGAGAAACUGAAAGGGCGGUUGGUGCCGGGACGGUGGGAUCUUCGGAAGCAUUAAUGCUGGCCGGAUUGGCAUUCAAGAGGAAAUGGCAGAACAAGAGGAAGGCCCAAGGGAAGCCUUAUGACAAGCCCAAUAUGGUCACCGGUGCCAAUGUCCAAGUUUGCUGGGAGAAAUUUGCUAGGUAUUUUGAAGUCGAGUUAAAGGAAGUGAAGCUAAGGGAAGGCUACUAUGUGAUGGACCCUGUAAAGGCAGUGGAGAUGGUUGACGAGAACACGAUUUGUGUCGGUGCCAUCCUCGGAUCAACCUUCACCGGAGAAUUUGAGGACAUUAAGCUCUUGAAUGAUCUCCUCACUGAGAAGAAUAAGAAGACCGGUUGGGAUACACCGAUCCAUGUUGAUGCAGCAAGUGGUGGAUUUGUGGCACCAUUCCUCUACCCUGAGCUAGAAUGGGAUUUUAGACUUCCAUUGGUGAAAUGUAUCAAUGUCAGCGGCCACAAGUAUGGUCUGGUCUAUGCCGGAAUUGGUUGGGUCAUCUGGAGGAACAGAGAAGAGUUGCCUGAGGAACUUAUUUUCCACAUCAACUACCUUGGAGCUGACCAACCUACCUUCACACUCAAUUUCUCCAAAGGAUCAAGUCAAAUUAUUGCACAAUAUUAUCAGUUCAUACGAAUGGGAUUCGAGGGCUACAAGAAUGUUAUGAGAAAUUGCAUGGAGAAUGCAAGGAUACUACGAGAAGGAUUAGUAAGAACUGGCCACUUUGAAAUAGUUUCCAAAGAUAAUGGGGUACCUCUAGUGGCUUUUGCAUUCAAGGACAAGAACAAGAACUUGGCAUUCAAGCUUUCCAAAGCUCUAAGACACUAUGGAUGGAUUGUGCCAGCUUAUACAAUGCCGGCGAAUGCAGAGCAUGUCAUCAUCCUUAGGGUUGUAGUUAGGGAGGACUUGAGCCGGCAGCUAAUCGAGAAGUUGCUAUCGAAUGUGGAGACUUCACUGAAUGAGUUAGAUGAUGAAUCCAUUGUUCCAAAGAUAACAUUUACAGUUGAGAUGAAUCUUGAUGAGAGUAGGAAGGAGGGUGAUGAUGGUUUUCUACAUAUGCCAGCAACUUCUAUUCACUGGAGGAAGGAGAAGCCCAAGAUUUCUAAGGAGGUACUUGUAAUGGGUGGUAAGACUAAGGGGGUCUGCUGAACUCACAUGUAUUAUUUGCUUCUCUACUAGGGAUUUAUACUGCAAAUAAAUUAAAUGGGCCUUUCCCAAUUGAAAGAAAUUAAUCAGAGGAUAUGUCAUCAAAUAAAUAAAUAAAUAAGAGAAAGCAUGGAUAAAUAGGGCUUUUCUAUGUGAAUCCAUGGUGGAUUAUAUUUUUGUCCUCCUCACAUGGUAGGUGAUGCUCUUUUUUUCUUUUUUGUUUCUAUAAGGGAGCAAAAAUAAUUGUCUAUCAUACAAAUAAAUAUGGAUAAAUAUGUCUAUCACUUAGGAGUCAUGUGAGAUAAAAGUCUCAUGCAUGAUUUUAAAUGAGAGAAAGAAGUAAGGAAUCUUCUUUUUUACUC